CCAGAGUCCGUUACACAACCCACUAACUCAUGGAUACCUUCCAAGUCACUCACCUCGGAGGAAAGGAAGAAGUACGAGGCUAGCAGUAUGGAAUUGUGAAAGUGAAACAUGUGAUGUUAGGAACUUAUUAUAAAAAUAACUGUGAUGGUGUAUAGUUCAUCAAGGGGCUAAAGAAAAUGAACAAGAGAUCAAACACAAAAUCAUUGAUCCAUAAAAGCCUGAAAAAUGGACAGAAUGGACAAUACAAUCUGGAAGAGAGCGGCGAGGACAGUGGGACUUGCAGCGAUAACGAUCAAAGGAGUUUCGUCAGGGAGGAUGACGUCACGUCCGACUUCAGCGAGAACGAACUCGAGAUGACAUACGCUCAUCCGGACUCCUUCUUCAGAUUCCACCUGUCUGAAAAAAACCUUGAUGGCCACGACCACAAGCGAGCUGGCUGUCAAGACAUGGACAUUACAACUUUUGCAGGCAGGAAGUGUGUCGGUCUCGACUUCUCUACUAUUAAAAGUUCUCGAGGCUCCAUCAGGGGAGUCAAGAACAGGGUUCGUGCUGGUAUUGCUACUUUCCUCGAAAUGAAAGAUAGCAAGUCUUGGCAAGAACGAGAAGCAGGUAAGGUCGUAGUGUACACGACAACAAUGGGUGUGAUUCGUGACACCUUCCAACGCUGCCUUAAAGUUCGACAUAUUUUGAGGACUCAUUUAAUAAAGUUCAUUGAGAAGGAUGUCUUCAUGAGCAAAGAAAUUCAAAACGAAAUCAGAGAGAGGAUGGGAAUGACGACUGUUCAGUUACCACAAGUAUUUAUUGAAGGAAGACAUUUGGGGGAUGCGGACACAAUUGAAAAACUGAAUGAAUCUGGAGAACUCAGAAACAUACUGAAACCGUAUAAAAGUUCCGAUGUGUGUAUUACCUGCUCAAUUUGUGGAGGAUAUCAACUACUACCAUGCAACAUGUGCAAUGGGAGUAAGAAGUCAGUGUAUAGAAACCAUUUCAAUUCUGAAUUGAUUGCUUUGAAGUGUAUGAACUGUGAUGAAGUUGGACUAGUUCGAUGCUAUGCUUGUUAAAAACCAAAAAAAAAAAAAUACAUAUUUAUAUGUAUAUAUAUGAUGUAUAUAUACGGCUAAAUAUAUAUAUGUGUAUAUCAGUAUAGUUUAAGAGUAUAGAAGAAAUAUGUUUGUAUAUUUGUA